AUGGCUAGCAGGGCAGGAGGGGGGCAGGAGAGCCUGGCUCUCAUGAACAACUACCUCGCGAAAGUGAAGGACGAGUGCAAGCCGGCCAUCUACAGCGCCUUCAUCCGCCUUAUGAACGCCUACCACGGACACACGCUCAACGUGGACGCCUUCCUGGACGAACUCUACGUGCUCUUCUCUCCGCGAGUCUACCUGCUGGCGGACGUGAAGCCUCUGGUCGACGAGUCGUACCACCAGCGCAUAGACGAGCUUUGCGACAAAGCCCGCACCGGCGGCAGUGGCGGCGGCGGCGGCGGCGGCGGUGGGGACGGUUUGUCCUUCCCCCCUACCCUGAACGCCUUGGCCUCGUCCCCGGGAAGUAGCAACGGCAACAACAUCAACAGCCGCACGGCGCCGGGAACAGGUGGCGGCAGUGGUAUCAAGGCCGAACCACGGUCGACGAACCCAAUCCGCGGUGGCUCUGGUGCCGGGAGCGAGGCCGAGGCAUCCGCGGCUGGGGGGGGGAGUUCUGAGGCCAGGAGCGGUACCUCGUCCCUGCUCUCAUCUCCCACGAUGGCGGACGCGACCUCUAGUGGUGGCAGUAGCGGCAAGGCUUCAGCGCCCGCAAGAAGCAACGACGAGCUGGAGGGGAUGCUAUUUCGUAGGCGAGGAAAAGAGAGCCGCGUGCUAUCGUCGGACGUCGCAGACACCACGGACAUGGCGGACCUCCUGUCCGGCAUCGAGCCCGGCGUAGAUGCUCCAUGGGUGGUUUCCGGUCCAUUUUCUCCGACGAUGGAGCCGGUGAUUCCUAGCUGCAACGGGGCGACAUCUGGGACGUCCCCAACCAAGAAGAGGCGGGUAUCAGAGGAUCGUUCCUCUUGCGUACCCGCUGCCGCAGGCCGCAUGUCAGCGGGCUCGACCGAUGCCGCUGCCAACAGCGACAACAACAACAGCGGCGACGGCAGGACGGCCUCACCCUCGAUGAUAUGGAGCCGAGUGGGGUCGGCCCCGAACCUUACCAACUUGUCGUUCAGCAUCCAAGCCACCCUUCCGAGUGCCCACAGCCGAGGGCAACAGCAGCAGCUGCAGUCGGCAUCGUCUUCGGCUACGGCCACCACCUCGGCGCCUCGCCCGCGGUGUAGCGUUGCCAUCUCGAACGGCGGCACGUCGAAGAAGCAGUCGACGACCGGAAGGCCCCCAUCCGGCGCGUCAGUCAACCGUGGCGGCGGCGGCGGCAACCUCCAGAUGCAGCAAGCCGUGGGGGGUGGGGGAGGCGUGUCCGGUGGUAGUUCCAGCAACAGCACCGGAGGGAGUGAGAGAAACAGCGGCGGCAGCAGCAGCAGCAGCAGCAGCAACCCGAUGGACACGGAUGACGGGGUAUUUAAUGGUCCCGGAAAGAGAGUCUGGGGGAACACCGCCGGCGGCGGCGGCGGCGGUGGCAGUGGGCUGUCGACCCGUGGAUCGUCCUCCACGCCGCCCUCGUCGUUCUACUUCCCGUCCGCCACCGCUGCCGGCGCCGCCUCCGUCGCCACAUUCUCCUCCUCCUCUGCCAACACGAGCGGCGGCAGUGCGGCCCCUUGCCGACCGACCGCGAGGAGGAGGGUAUCGACGAAACCGCUCCCGGCCUGCAUCAAGGACGACUACGGCAGCAGCAUCGUCAGGGCGGGAGGAGGGGGCGGGCGGAGGGACUCGAGGCCGUCGCCGGCAGGAGGGGGCGGCGGCGGGACGAGUUUCGGUGGAAAUAGCGGUGGCGGCGGUGGCGGCGGUGGCGGCGGCGGCGGCGAUAGAAGGACCUUGCCGCCACAUGUAAACCUGGACCCUGACUCCAUCGGCGCGAAAGGCAGCGGAUUCGCCGGCAUCGGGAGUCAACGCUCGAUGUCUAUCAAAGAGGAAAAUUCGGCCAGCGGUGGUGGAGUUGGCGGCAACGGGAGCGCGGCAAGGUCGAGGUCGGUCGACGAUCUGGAGAAGCUGGUGGUAAGCGUGGCUACCAGGGGGAUGCACCAAGCCUUGCACUACGGCCUGCGGAACACGUUCGUCACGCUUCUUCGCAAGAAGGAACAAGAGAUCGCCGAGCUGAAAGAGGAGGCGCUCCGGUGGUCGGCGAACGAUACGCAUCUGAGGCAGAUCAACCGCCAGCUCCUAAACGACAACGUGCAGCUGAGAAAGGCGGUGGGGGCCGCCGGGGGUGGUAGUGACGGCGGUGGCGGUGGCGGUGGCGGUGGCGGUGGCGACGGGUGGGGCCCGCGCGGCCCGUCACCCAGCGCUUCCUCCUGA